AGUCUGCCCAGAGCGUGCCUGACAUGGGCGGAAGGCAGCGGGAGACCGCCCAGGGCUGGGGUGCCUCACCAAGGGUGGCCCUGUCACCUCUGCCCUCUGUCCUUUUCCUUUUAAAACCCUGGCUGUAGUUUAUAGAAAAUAGCCUGGGGUACUGAGCCGAGGUAGGGGAGUGAUCACUUCCUGCCGCCUGGGGCCGUCUUCCCAGCCCGGCCCCGGACAGGGCCAGUGCUCGGUGAGGCUUUGGAGCUGGCUGCUGCCUCCUUUGUUCCGGGCUGCUGGUCCCUCGUGGGGAAGCGGAUGCUGGGGUCUUGCAGCCUGUGCAAAACCUUGGUGAUUUGCUGUCUACUCUGCUUUGUUUUGUUUCCUUUUCAAAUUGAAUGCGAUUGGACACCUGCAUCACAGCAGAGCUCCGGGUCCUGGCGAAAGGAAGCUGCGAGGGGCUCCGUCCGGGCCGCGGCAGAUGGGCGUCCGCACCGUUCACUGAGCAGCAGCAUGGAGACCACACCCCUGAACGCUCAGCCCGGGCGCUCGGCCUGCAAGGACGGAGAGGACUGCCGGGGCAGCGGGGUGCUGCGGAAGGGCGUGGCGGGCGACAAGGCGGAGCCCGGCCAGCUGUCCAAUGGGUACUCGGGGGUGCCCGGCCCUGGUGCUGGAGACGACGCUGGCCACGCUAUCUUGGCAGCCACGACCACGCUGGAGGCGGAGGCUCAUCCAGGAGGGCGGGAGACCUGGGGCAAGAAGGUGGACUUCCUCCUCUCGGUCAUCGGUUACGCCGUGGACCUGGGCAACGUGUGGCGCUUCCCCUACAUAUGUUACCAGAACGGAGGCGGAGCGUUCCUCCUCCCCUACACCAUCAUGGCCGUUUUUGGGGGGAUCCCACUCUUCUACAUGGAGCUUGCGCUGGGCCAGUACCACCGAAAUGGAUGCAUUUCCAUAUGGCGGAAAAUCUGCCCGAUUUUCAAAGGGAUCGGCUUUGCCAUCUGCAUCAUUGCCUUCUACAUCGCCUCCUACUACAACACCAUCAUGGCCUGGGCCCUCUACUACCUCAUCUCCUCCUUCACGGACCAGCUGCCCUGGACCAGCUGCGAGAACUCCUGGAACACUGGCAACUGCACCAACUACUUCUCAGAGGACAACAUCACCUGGACGCUCCACUCCACAUCCCCUGCUGAGGAGUUUUACACGCGCCACGUCUUGCAGAUCCACCGGUCUAAGGGGCUCCAGGCCCUGGGGGGCAUCAGCUGGCAGCUAGCCCUCUGCAUCAUGCUGAUCUUCACUAUUAUCUACUUCAGCAUCUGGAAAGGUGUCAAAACAUCUGGCAAGGUGGUGUGGGUGACAGCCACUUUCCCCUACAUCAUCCUGUCCAUCCUGCUGGUGAGGGGGGCCACCCUCCCCGGAGCCUGGAGAGGUGUUCUCUUCUACCUGAAACCCAACUGGCAAAAACUCCUCGAGACAGGGGUGUGGGUGGAUGCUGCCGCUCAGAUCUUCUUCUCUCUCGGGCCGGGCUUUGGGGUCCUGUUGGCCUUCGCCAGCUACAACAAGUUCAACAACAACUGUUACCAAGACGCCCUGGUGACCAGCGUGGUGAACUGCAUGACCAGCUUUGUUUCCGGAUUCGUCAUCUUCACGGUGCUCGGGUACAUGGCGGAGAUGAGGAACGAAGAUGUGUCUGAGGUGGCCAGAGACGCGGGCCCCAGCCUCCUCUUCAUCACGUAUGCGGAAGCCAUAGCCAACAUGCCAGCAUCCACUUUCUUUGCCAUCAUCUUCUUCCUGAUGCUAAUCACACUGGGCUUGGACAGCACGUUCGCAGGCUUGGAGGGGGUGAUCACGGCCGUGCUGGAUGAGUUUCCGCAUACCUGGGCCAAGUGUCGCGAGUGGUUCGUGCUCCUCGUGGUCAUUACCUGCUUCUUUGGCUCUCUGAUCACCCUGACUUUUGGGGGCGCCUACGUGGUGAAGCUGCUGGAGGAGUACGCCACAGGCCCAGCCGUGCUGACCGUCGCGCUCAUAGAAGCGGUCGCUGUGUCUUGGUUCUACGGCAUCACUCAGUUCUGCAGUGAUGUGAAGGAGAUGCUUGGCUUCAGCCCUGGAUGGUUCUGGAGGAUCUGCUGGGUGGCCAUCAGCCCCCUCUUUCUCCUGUUUAUCAUUUGCAGUUUUUUGAUGAGUCCACCACAGCUACGACUUUUCCAAUAUAAUUAUCCCCACUGGAGUAUCAUCCUGGGCUACUGCAUUGGAGCUUCGUCUGUCAUCUGCAUCCCCACGUAUAUCAUUUACCGGCUGAUUAUCACUCCUGGGACGUUUAAAGAGCGUAUUAUUCGAAGUAUCACUCCAGAAACCCCAACAGAGAUUCCCUGUGGGGACAUCCGCCUGGACGCUGUGUAAGACACUCCGGAAGAGGGAAAAGGCUUCUCAGCCUCCGCUUCCGACUCUGACAGGUCGCACCUCACCCUCGCCCUCUCCGUGGAGACUUUCCAGCCAAGCCUGCUGGUAGAAGGGCCGUCAGAGACACAGCCCCAAAAGACCAUGGUGCCCAGACUCUCACGGCUUUCAGCCACUUCUUUCCCUGGAAUCUCCUGGACAUGAUGUCACACAAGACUGUGACAGAAGCUGGACUGGCCUGUUUGAGGCAUGUGAGGGUGAAUGUGGAGGUGAAGAGAAUCACCUUAUCAGUUAGGAUUAGGUUGAAAGUCAAGUCUGCAAAAGUCUCCUGUAUCAUUUCUUGUUAGAAUCAUGGAUAUCUGACAUCUGUUGAUUUCUAAAGGUUUCACUGUUCAUGAAUGCAUAAACCAAGUAGGAGAAAACAGGGAUGCUGUCUUGUUAGCCAUAUAUUUUCAGCGUAGCAUAGAAUUCUAUAGCUGGAAUCUGCUAGAAUCCUCUAAUCCAUAUGCUGCUGUGGAGUCAGGAAAGGAAGAUGUAAAAACUAAACAAACAUAAUGUGUACGUGUCAGCACAUGUGUCUGUGUGCAUUGUUGUUUCCGUGUAUUCUUCUCUAUUCCAAUACUUCGGGCCCAUUACAAACGAUGUGAAUUUCCUCUAAUUGUUUUUAACAUUAACACAUUCUACCUACUCACAUAUGCAUGUAUGUAAUUAUUUGAAGGGUACAAUUACUACAGGAUGCUCGGUCACUGUCUCCCUUCCCAGUGACAGUUUUAGCUCGCACACCCUCCUUUAUGGGCCAGCCUUUGGCAUUUGCUGCACUUCACUGCCAUCUUCCUAUCUCUUUGCUAAAUAUUUGGGAGACUGUUCCAUGGGCAAAUCCAGCACACUGUGGCUUGGCUUGAACUACUUUGAAGAUCAGUGUCAACACCUGCACCUUCAGUGUUCAGCCUCCCAUCUGGUCUAAACUCUACUUCAAAUGGCUGGCUUUGUUCAGGUUACUUUGAGAAGAGAAGGUGCACGCAAUUCUCGCUCAACCUUCGGCUGUACUGAUGAUCCAGCACCUUGAUCUGUCAAGGGCAUCCUAAGUUCAAGAGCAGGUGGAGACCCUGUGUUAGCCUUAGACGACUCCUCUGCCUUAAUCCCUCAUGGUGGUCAUGAUUGUGAGGAGUCCUCCAGAUAAUUUUCUAGACUGAGUCUAAGGAAAGCUGACGGGGAAGCAGUCAGUUAAGUGAGUGGCCUUUCAUGCUAUGUAAAGUCCUUAUAAUAUGGAUAUGGAAUUUGGCCCUUGGUGGCUUGUGACUCAGAUCCGUGGGCAGAGAAGCAAAUUUUACUUUGUAGCAUGGGAUUUCCUUAUCAAAAUGAAGGGAAUAAAGUCUCAUUAAUGACAA